AUGGCUUUCGAAAGAACUACGCUCUUUUUGACCUUAUUUUCUGUGUUCCUAUCUCAGUGCUUCUCUGCUCUGGGAUAUGAUACGUCCAGGUCUGAUAACUUGGCGGUUUAUUGGGGGCAGAACUCCUAUGGGGCAACCCAUCCCGACCCGUCCUCCUGGCAGAAGAGAUUGUCUACAUACUGUCAGGACGACGUCAUCAAUGCAAUUCCUCUAGCCUUCCUCCACGUCUUUUUCUCGACAGGAGGCCUCCCAGAAAUUAAUAUGGCGAAUAUAUGCAACAACAACGACCAACCCGUGUUCUCGGGUACCAGUCUCGCCAACUGCCAAUUCCUCGCCUCCGAUAUCAAGGCUUGUCAAGCUCGAGGCAAGAUUGUCACGCUCAGCCUCGGUGGUGCCACUGGCGCUGCUUCCUUUACGUCGGACGCCCAAGCGGAAGCGUUUGCCACCACUGUCUGGAAUCUCUUCCUCGGAGGUUCUAGCUCGACUCGCCCUUUCGGAGACGCUGUUCUCGAUGGUGUUGACCUGGAUAUUGAGGGUGGUUCGGGAGCAUAUCUCCCCACCUUCGUGAGGAAGAUUCGAUCUUUAUCCAGUGGGGCGAGUAAGAAAUACUACCUGACGGCUGCUCCGCAAUGUCCAUUCCCAGACGCCUAUCUUGGCUCUGUUAUCAACGCUGUAGGCUUUGAUGCAAUUUAUGUCCAGUUUAUAACAACUGGUGUGGGUGAACUGAACAAUUACAACAACCAAGAUGUGAGUGGAUCUGUCAUUCAUGCUCUGAAUAUAUUCGAUUCUUUCCGUUUCGCGACCAAGGCAUGGAACUUCGCCACUUGGGACAACUGGGCCAAGGCAACUUCACCCAACAAGAGCGUCAAGAUCUUCCUCGGUGCACCAGCAGCUUCGACUGCGGCUGGGUCAGGAUAUGUCGACGCCAAUACCCUGAGCAACAUUGCAAAAGCUAUGAAGGCAUCCUACUCUUCUUUCGGAGGUGUCAUGCUCUGGGAUGCUUCGCAAGCUUAUGGAAAUGGGCGAUACGAUGUCGCAAUCAAGAAUGCGCUGGGUGGCGCAGCAGGGACCCCGAUUCCGACAACCACGACGAGAGCGACAACCUCAACCGCAACAACCGCUCGGCCAACUACGACCACCACAACCGCUCGGCCUACAACUACCACCACCCCAGGAACGGGAAGUUGUGCUGGAGUAGCACCAUGGACCUCGACAGUCGUGUAUCUCGGAGGAGCACAGGUUACCUACAACGGACAUUUGUGGCAGGCGCAAUGGUGGUCGCAGGCAGAUACACCCGGAGGCGCGGCUGGCGUCUGGAUUGAUAAGGGUGCUUGUACCUCGCGAUUGGCUACAGCGCAGCCCAAUAUUGCAGCUUCGACCGCAGCACCUGCUGUGAAAGAUGCUAAAGUGAGCGAGAAAUUGAACGUUGCGCGCCGCUCUUCCAGAAUUUUCAAGGAAUGA